AACUAUGACCUACCAGUUCACCACGUUUCAGUCAUGGCCCCCCGCCAAAUCGAAACGCCUGUCAUGAUCGAACUAAGCCACCCCAGCUUGCGUGCUGAACUGGAGAAAGGAUUCUGCCAACUUGCAAGGAUCGACUUUUCAGACGUGACCACUGACCACCCGCACGGUCCCGUGCUGUGCCCGGCCAUGCCCUGCUCUGCCCUGCCCUGCCACCGGGGCCAGGCGCACCACGAGUUCCCAGGGAAUUGGCAAAUGAUAGUACGGGAUCAGCAUAUACUACUCGACAUAUUUUCUGGCCAGUCUCUCAUCCUGGCCUGCCACAUUGCGAAACUUCCCGGCCUGCUCCGAAUUCUAUAUAAUUUUAUAAUCUCUCUUGCGUCAUACUUAAUUCUAGCCGCAGUGCAAAUUGAGUUCGGAAUGCUCUUACUGUGUUAG